UCUCGCUGCCACCACUGGCCCCCAUCAUGGAGCGGACGUCGCUGCGCGCCCUGCUUCUCGGCUCCGCCGGGCUGCUGCUCCUGCUUCCGCCCCUCUCCUCUUCCUCCUCUUCCGACGCCUGCGGCCCCUGCAAGCCGGCCGCCUGCCCGCCCCUACCCCCGCGCGGCUGCCCUCUGGGCGAGACCCGGGACGCAUGCGGCUGCUGCCCGGUGUGCGCCCGCGGCGAGGGCGAGCCGUGCGGGGGUGUCGGCGCCGGCAGGGGGCACUGCGCGCCGGGCAUGGAGUGCGUGAAGAGCCGCAAGAGGCGGAAGGGUAAAGCCGGGGCAGCAGCCGGCAGCCCAGUGGUGAGCGGCGUGUGCAUGUGCAAGAGUCGCUACCCGGUUUGCGGCAGCGACGGCACCACCUACCCCAGCGGGUGCCAGCUGCGUGCCGCCAGCCUGAGAGCCGAGAGCCGCGGGGAGAAGGCCAUCACCCAGAUCAGCAAGGGCACCUGCGAGCAAGGUCCUUCCAUCGUGACGCCCCCCAAGGACAUCUGGAAUGUCACUGGUGCCCAGGUGUACUUAAGCUGUGAGGUCAUCGGAAUCCCAACCCCUGUCCUCAUUUGGAACAAGGUAAAAAGGGGUCACUAUGGAGUUCAAAGGACGGAGCUCUUGCCUGGUGACCGGGACAACCUGGCCAUUCAGACCCGGGGUGGCCCAGAAAAGCAUGAAGUAACCGGCUGGGUGCUGGUAUCUCCUCUAAGCAAAGAUGACGCUGGAGAAUAUGAGUGCCAUGCAUCCAAUUCCCAAGGACAGGCUUCAGCAUCAGCAAAAAUUACAGUAGUUGAUGCCUUACAGGAAAUACCAGUGAAAAAAGGUGAAGGUGCUGAGCUGUAAAUCUGCAGAGCGUGUCAGUCUGUGUGGCCUACAGCAGUCUUGGAGCACUGCCACCCCCAUCCUUAUCUAAUAACCAGUUUCUUUUAAUGCAGUCCACUAAUGCUUUAAUUAUAUUCAUUCACUGGUUUUACACAGAAAGUUACAAAAUAAGGUAACACAUAAAGAAUAUCUACAAAAAUGUGUUUAUUUACAAAACAAAGGAAGAAAAGCAUGCAUAGCAUUUAAACAAAUAAAAUGCUUUUUUGCACAAA